GCUGAAUCUGGGCAGGAGCAAGUUGACAUCAUCUCCCUUCCUUCACAACUUGACAACAAUCGUCACAUCUCAAUAUGCCUGCCACCGAGACAUCGGCGGCAUCGACGCCAGGUGCUCAGCCAAGCAACCAUAUCACUGAAGAUGAAGCUUCGCUCUAUGACCGUCAGAUUCGGCUAUGGGGGCUGGACGCACAAAACAGAAUGCGUAACUCGACCGUCCUCGUUCUUUCGCUCCGUUCACUCGCCCACGAGACGAUCAAGAACCUUGUGCUAGCCGGCAUUGGGCGGCUGAUCAUCAUGGACGGGGAGAAAGUCACCGAGGAGGACCUGGGCGGUGGCUUCCUCUUCCGUGAGGAGGAAGGGGCAGUGGGCACGGAGCGAACUGCAGCGGCGCUUCCGCAGAUCAAGAGUUUGAAUCCGCUGGUCGAGGUCACCGCGCUGCCUACGCUGGAACCUUUUGUGGGUGGGGACGAGACUGCGAUGAUUACCUUCCUUAAGAGGGAGAAGGUGGACGUUGUUGUUGCGUGCGACCUGUCAUACGCACAGAUGGAGGCGAUUGACGCUGCGGCUCACGCCGCGCACACCAAGUUUUACGGUGCAGGCACGUAUGGCUUUUACGGCUACGUGUUCGCGGAUCUCGGGACUCACCACUCAUUUACCUACACACCACCAGGCAAGGGCGCGGUGAAAGAGGUAAUUCGGUACAGGUCGAUGGUGCAGGCGUUCGACCGCACGAAUUGGGCCCUCACACACGAGAAAACGUCGGAGGGCGGCAGCCCAUUUGGCGGUUAUAGACGUGUGCUGAAAGCGAGGCAGUACGCUCCCGAGGUCGCGGUGCCGGUGCUAGCGUUAUGGGAGUUUGAGAAGAAGCACGGUACUCUCCCGGCCGGGAGAGAAGGGCAGGCAAAGGAACUCGCCGAGAUCACGUCAGAGUUGCAGACUGCGCUUGGCGUCCAUCCCAAGCUGCUGAGUUCGAGUGCCGACGUCGUCAGCCACUUCGUGGUGCACGCAACAGAUUAUUUCCCGCCUACACUUGCAAUCGUUGGCGGCCUGCUCGCCCAAGACGUGCUACGGUCGAUUUCGCGCAACGGCUGGCCCAUUGUCAACCUCCUUGUCGUCGACAGCCUGCGCGGUACGGCCACGUCGUCGCCAUGGGGCGUCGCACCCGACCCCACUCCCCCCUAGAGCCGUCGUAUAUACAUAUGGUACAUUGUCAUGGGGUUGUACAUCAUUCUGCGUCUGGC